CAGAGGAUUCAGUCGUUGCACGAGCAGCAUGAGAUGAACUCUUCACUUUAUUGUCUGCGCUAUUGUAUGAGCGAUGAGAUACCAACAAAAUGCAACAUUUCAGCCUACGGAUAAUAUGGGAACAUUAGAGAGAUUCAAAGAAACUCGGAAACCCCAGCAAGAAUGCACAAACCUUAAAGUUGCCACUGUUCCUAGGCAGAAAAACUACAGCGUAUCCAGCUUAAACCUUGCUCAGGUCACUCGGGUGAGCGUAAUGAUGUCCCUGGGACACCUAGCUAAAGGGGCUAGCCUGGAUGACCUAAUUGAGACCUGCAUUCAGUCCUUUGAUGCAGAUGGGAACCUGUGUCGAAGCAGCUACUUGUUGCAAGUUACACUGACUAUGCAUCGCUUCAAUGUGUCGUCCACGGAGCUGCUGCAGAAACUCAUCACACUAUAUCAAAAUGCUUUAGAGCAAAACUGUGCUGCAGCUUGCCUGAAGGUCUGUUACUUUAUAAGGUACUGGAUAAAAGAGUUCUGGAUAAUGUUUAAAAUGGACAAAGCUCUUUCAGAAACAAUGGAAAGUUUUCAGGAACUGGUCAGAAGGAAUGGUGAAGAGUCACACUCCCAAUUCAUUGACACAUCACAAAUAAAUACACGUGAUUGGUCACGGAAAAUCACACAACGGAUAAAACCAAACUGUAGCAAAAAGCGAAAAGUUUCUCUCCUAUUUGAUCACUUGGAGCCAGGAGAGCUGGCUGAACACCUAACCUACCUCGAAUUCAAGUCCUUCCGGAGGAUCUCUUUUUCAGAUUAUCAGAACUACGUAUUGACUGGCUGUGUAAAGGACAAUCCCACGAUGGAACGUUCUGUAGCUUUGUGUAAUGGCAUCUCACAAUGGGUCCAGCUUAUGGUUCUCAGCAGACCUACACCACAGUUACGGGCUGAAGUCUUCACCAAGUUUAUUUGUGUGGCUCAGAAACUCCAGCAGCUUCAGAACUUUAAUACACUAAUGGCAGUGGUUGGAGGUUUGUGUCAUAGCUCAAUUUCCAGACUCAAAGAAACCAGUGCUUGUGUCCCUCAUGACGUUCAUAAGGUGAUGAAUGAAAUGACUGAGCUGCUCUCGUCCAGUGGAAACUACAACAACUAUAGACGUGUGUACAGUGAAUGCAUAGACUUCAAGAUCCCUAUUCUGGGCGUCCAUCUGAAAGAUCUUAUCUCACUACACGAAGCCUUGCCAGAUUGUGUUGAAGACAACAAGAUUAAUGUACACAAAUUGCAGACUCUCUACAAUCAUAUCAAUGAGCUUGUGCAGCUUCAGAACACCGCACCUCCGUUAGAUGCAAACAAGGACCUGGUUCAUUUGCUCACACUGUCUUUGGACCUCUACUAUUCAGAAGAUGAAAUUUACGAGCUUUCGUAUGCCCGUGAGCCAAGAAACAACAAAGUUCCACCAGCAACUCCUUGUAAGCCACCUGUAGUAGCAGACUGGGCCCCUGGAGUCUCAACAAAGCCAGAUCCCAAGACGAUCAGUAAACAUGUUCAACGCAUGGUUGAUUCUGUCUUUAAAAAUUACGACCACGAUCAGGAUGGCUAUAUUUCCCAAGAGGAGUUUGAAAAGAUUGCUGCAAGUUUUCCAUUUUCCUUUUGUGUUAUGGACAAAGAUUGUGAAGGUCUUAUAAGCAGAGAAGAAAUCACAGCCUACUUCAUGAGAUCCAGCUCCAUCUUCUCGAAAUCAGUCCUAGGCUUUCUGCAUAAUUUCCAGGAGACAACGUAUUUGAAACCAACUUUUUGUGACAACUGUGCUGGAUUUAUCUGGGGUGUUAUAAAACAAGGGUACAGAUGCAGAGAUUGUGGUAUGAACUGUCACAAACAGUGUCGAGACCUGGUGGUGCUGGAAUGCAAAAAUAAAGCCAAGACCACAGAUGCCAGUCCAACCUCGAGCUCCACUGCUCCUGCACUUUGUUCUGCAGAAACCAAAGGCCUCAACACUGCAAAUGAAGAUGGACCAUUUACAUACUUCAAUGAGGAAGUGCAUGAUGAUUCUGAACGCAAAGAUCGCACUAUUGUACUAAUGGGGGGCUCAGCCCAGAAGAUCUCAGUGAGAUUGAAGCCUGUUGUUAUGAACAAGGCCACGCAGACUGAUAUAACUGGCUCAGACACAGAUACCACUGGAAAUCAAGCAACUUCUUUGGGAAGAAUGAAGACAUCAGACACAUCUUUGUUAUCCCCAAACAUACUUCCAUUGUGUCCAAGUCCUAUUCCAGCUCGCAGAAGACCCUGUGUGAAAUGGGAAAAUAUGGCAUCCUUUCACAAACCUAAAAAUGACGACUUUAGCAAGGAGCAUCGAUUAUAUCAACUAGAAAAGGAAAGAACUCUACUUCGAGAAGAGAAAGAAAAGUUGCACAUUGAAAAUACAAGUCUGCAAACAAAGUUAUUGGAGGCACAGCAAGAAAUUAAGGCCCUUACAGAACAACUAGAUUUAUUCCGAAAACAUAUGAUUAUGGAACCAAGAAUCUCAUCGCUGACACAAGAAUAAAAUGUAAUAGAUGUAGACAGUUCAUAACAAGUAUUUCUGUACAGUACUGGAAUCUACAGAAAAUGUUGAAAAUGUGAGAAUUUCUGUGAAAAUUGAUGGAUAUUUUCCGUAUUAUUUAACUGUGUCUUCUUUUCAAGAACAACCUUUACCUAGUUUUUAAUCAGCGAUAUAGAAGCAAGCAUUACUACAAACACUAGACACUUUUGAUAAUAUUUUCCAUCAACUUUAUGAAGUAUCGAGUGCACACCCUGAGCAGCAGACUAAUAUUGGAUGCAGAUGAACAUUUGAUUAAAGAAAACUAAAAAUAACAAUUUUGUAGAGUUACACACGGGGUUAACCUUAAAUUCUGCGUUAGUGUAAGACAGUUAAAAAGGUGCACCAUCCACGAUUCACCUUUACAUGAAAGAGGUGAAUAAGUGGUGGCUCUCCAAUGUCACAACUUUAUACUACUGCUAACCAAUGUUACCUCUAAUCUGUUUUAAACAUAAAUGUGAUUUGGCAAAGAUAACCAUUUCAAAUGUGUUUGUGGGUAGUUUAAAUAAAUACAAUAACUUGCAGGCACAUUUUGUAGUUUGAACUGAAGUUUAUGCAGAAAAUAUAUUCGUUAUUCUAAGAUGAAAGUUGCCAGAAGGAAUCUUUCUAAACAAAAAAUUGUUAUUACUAGAAUUCACAGUAUAUUUUCUACAAACAUUUCCCUAAUAGGUGAGAGGAAGAUGUUACCAAUACUAUCAUUUUAUACCUCACAUUUAGUGCCAAUUUUAACAUAAGACUCAGAGUCUGUUGUAAAAGGUUCUGUUGAAGUAGUUACAUUACUUACUGCAAUGAUCCAGUCACAGUCACCAAAACACCUUUAGCCAAGGAAGAUAUUGGAGAACUAUUUUCACACUAUGGUCAUCUACAGAACAAUGGUAACUACAUUUCAAAAUAAUUUAUUCAGUAUUUGUGACAUCAGGAAAGGCACUCUGGAAGUACAAGUACUUUUUUCUUUCAUCAGAAAGCUCCUUGAAAAUAAAAGGAUGCUAUACCUUUAAAAGUGUUAAGCCUCCUAAAUAAAGAAUUGUCGUAAAGAUUUUGCUUAAAGCUUUUAUGUUACAAGGCGAAUCACCAGCCUAUAUCAAUGAAUCGCAUCCCUCCCUGCCUUUCCACUUAAACUUGAUAAAACAUCCAGACCUGAUCAAAUCAUCAAAGAUGAAUCAUAAUGACUUGAGAGUCACCCCAGAAUCACUCAGAAGUUUCCAUCGCUAGCCCUAAAAAUGUCACAUCUAUAAUGAGGGAGGCUCAGCCAAACAUAUACAAUUACUUCAGUUUUUUUAGUGGGCAUUUAUAGCCACUUGAGGCACACAUAUAAAACAGGCAUAUUCAGAGUUAAUGUUUCAGGCUGUGACCUUUAAUCCAGCACUUUUAAAAAAAAUUCAGAUUUCCAGCAUCUGCAGUAUUUUGCUUUUGUAUUGUUGUAGCCAUAUUCAAUUCAGAACUGAGUGAAUGAUCAAAUGUGAGUUGUUAAAUUCAAAAGUGUACAGUAGCACAUAAACAAAUGUGGCAUAUUCAGUUGUAGUUCAAAUAUUUCAUGCACAAAUGCCUGUAAGUGAAGACUCUGUAUUUUGAACCAGAAUAUACAUAUCGUGUUUGAUUAUGCAAAACCACAAUAUUUAAUUCUGCAUGUUAUACCUCUUUCUGGUAGUUAGCCCCGAUCCAUUCUCAUUCAUACAAGCUACAAGCUUCAAACAUGCAUGAUUGCAUCUUAGUCUAAAAAUACUCAUGAAUGUUUGCAAUGCUGAUGUAAAUAUAAUUGAAAGCACCCUGUAGUGUAGUCCCAAAUCUGAUGGGCGCAUCAAUAAAGAAGUUGUCCUUAGCUUUGAGAAUUAAAUGGUCAUACAAUUCAGUGUAAACUGCUGAAAGGUUUGAUUUGAUUGAAAGCGAAUGUCACUUUUAUCUGCUGUCAUCAACUCAGGUAAGAGCACACGGUGUUAAGAUAAAAUCAAGAGACAUGUAAAUAGUUGAAAUAUAUAUCUUUGUUUAUGAGUAUGAACUAUAUAACAGCCACAUUUUUCCCAUUAUCUGAACAAACCAACACUUCACUCUAUAUGUAUUUCAAAUUAUGUUAGCUAAUACGUUAUUCAGUCUGCAUUCUGGUAAAUUGAAUUGACAUUUGGAGAGUGUAAGUCUCUGGUAUAUUCAGGCUUAAUUUAAAAUAUAUAUUUAAGAUUGUCAGAUCAGGUACUUAUAAAUGUGAGUAGAAAUUUUACUCAAAUCUUUAUGUAAAAUGAAAAGCAGUAUGAUGCCAUUCACAUUGAAUCACCCCUUAAAGACCCAAGGAGCCUUAAGGCUCUGUUAAGUAACUUUUUAUAUAAAAUAAGCAAGUAGUUGUGCUUUUUAGUGAAUGUAUAUAUGUAUAAUUGUACAAUACAUUUUUGCUUAUGUAACUUCACUUGUUUGUGAUGGUUAAGUAAUCUGUAGCAUGAUGUAAUAAUUAAGAUGGAUUCUUUUGUUUAAAGUAGCAAACAUUAAAUAAUACA